AUGGAUGGGAAAGGGAAACUACACGUAAUGUUUUUUCCGUUUCUGGGUCAGGGACACUUGAUACCAAUGAGUGAUAUGGCAAGGGCAUUCAUUGGAAGAGGGGUGAGGGCAACCAUAGUCACCACUCCACUCAACGUACCCACCAUUCGCGGGACCAUAGGAAAAAGCUUUGAUUCAGACUCAGACUCAGACCUAGAAAUCGUAAGCAUGAAAUUCCCGUGUGUAGAGGCUGGUUUACCUGAGGGAUGCGAAAAUACAGAGUCAAUCCCCUCCCCAGACUUCGUACCCCUUUUCUUUAAGGCAACCACCAUGCUACAAACCCAAUUGGAACAGCUAAUUCUUCAACACCCUCCACAUUGCCUUAUUGCCAGUUCUUUCUACCCCUGGGCAUCUCAAUCUGCCGCUAAUUUCAAUAUCCCACGGUUUGUCUUUCAUGGCACCGGUGUCUUCGCCUUAUCUGCUUCAGAAUGUCUGCGACUCUACCAGCCUCACAACAAUCUUUCUUCUGACUCUGACCCAUUUGUCAUUCCCCAUCUACCAGGAAACAUCCAAAUGACAAGGAUGAUGUUGCCCGAUUAUGCUAAAGCUGACGGGGAAACGAACAUCACAAGACUUUUGCUGGCAAUCAAGGAAUCAGAGGCCACAAGUUUGGGGGUUGUUGUCAACAGCUUUUACGAACUGGAGCAGGCGUACGCUAUUUAUUACGAAAAGCUACAGGGAAGGAGGGCGUGGUACAUAGGUCCGCUUUCUCUGUGCAGCCAAAACCAAGAGAAAGGCAAGCGAGGAAAGGAAGCUUCGGUUGACGAAGGUGACAUUUUGAAGUGGCUGGACUCUAAGAAAGCCAACACAGUGGUGUACGUUUGUUUCGGAAGCAUAGCCAACUUCGGUGAAAGUCAGUUGAGAGAAAUAGCGAGGGGACUUGAGGAUUCGGGACAACAAUUCAUAUGGGUUGUGAGGAGAAGCGACAGGGAAUGGCUUCCAGAGGGGUUUGAGAGAAGAACGGAAGGAAGAGGAGUGAUUAUUUGGGGUUGGGCACCUCAAGUGCUUAUUCUGGACCAUCAAGCCGUGGGAGCCUUUGUUACACACUGCGGAUGGAAUUCAACGCUUGAAGCAGUGUCCGCUGGGGUGGUCAUGGUCACUUGGCCCGUUUCUGCUGAACAAUUCUACAAUGAAAAGUUUGUGAGCGAGGUACUUAAAAUUGGGGUCCCUGUUGGUGUUAAAAAAUGGGCUAGAAUUGUGGGUGACAACGUAGCCAGUGAGGCUCUUGUAAAGGCACUGAAUCGUCUAAUGGUUGGGGAAGAAGCAGAGGCUAGGAGAAACAGAGCACAUAAACUGGCGCAAAUGGCAAGAACUGCUGUGGAAUGCAAUGGAUCAUCUUUCUGUUACCUCACUGAUCUCAUACAACACCUUCGCUCCAUUGCACACCUUCCACACUAA